AUGACCAAUUCAAUAGAAGCUCUGUAUAUCUACGACGACCUCAACACUCCCAUUCUCGAACACACCUACCGCUCCCGCCCACCGUCCGCGAAAGCGCUCCUCUCGCUCUUCCUCGAACACCCCCCGCCGCGGCCAUCGGUGAUAUAUCUCCCCACUGCGACUCCCCCCGUCACUGUUUUUUCUAUAUUACACGCGAACCUGCUCUUUCUUGUGCCCAGCAGCACCGAAACCGAGCCCCUCCAAGUCCUUGAGUUCCUCCACCGCGUUGUCGAUGUUCUCGAAGAAUUCGUCGGGGCGCCGUUACUGGCAAGCAAAAUCCAGAGUAACUACGAUGUAGUGGGCCAGUUACUGAGUGAAAUGUGCGAUGCCGGCAUAGUGUGCAACACGGAGCCAAAUGCACUACAGGAGGUGGUGGAGGUGCCUGGCUGGAUGAACAAGUUUCUGAGCGGCGUGGGACUACCAGGUUCAUCUCCCUCCCUUGGACCUUCGAACCCUGGAAAGUCCUCCUUGAAUACCAUGCCUCCACCCAACGGCUUAUCGGCCGCAGGACCCGCCAUUCCCUGGCGCCGGCAAGGCGUUCGUCACACUUCAAACGAGUUGUACGUCGAUAUCGUUGAGUCACUGCACGUCACCAUUGCACCGUCAGGGCGCGCGCUCUCCGCCAUCGCCAACGGGACCAUAGCCUUCACCUCCAAGAUUUCCGGUGUUCCCAAUCUCCUGCUUUCACUAACUGCACCAGGCGGACAGAAGAGUCUAGCGCAUAAGCUUGAACUUCCUGUCUUUCAUCCCUGCGUACGGCUGGCCCGAUGGCGCGAGAGACCGGGGGAACUCAGUUUUGUGCCGCCAGAUGGGCGGUUCAUCCUCGCCGGCUACGAGGUAGAUUUACUCCCUAUAGACCCCGAUCUAGACGAACCACCGGCACACAUGGAGAAACUUUUCCUCCCAGCAACUGUUUCACUUCAAAAGUCUCUUGGACCCAACGGCUUAGACUUUGAAAUCCGACUUACCCUAAAUACAAACUUCCCAGGCACGCACUUCUCGUCGCGGGGCGGCGGCGGGUCCAACCGCGGAUCCGGCACCUCCACGCCAUCGUUCCUGGGUAAUAUUGGCGGCGGGAGCUCCUCUUCCUCUCCUAGCUUAGACGACUUGGUCGUCACCGUGCCCAUUCCCCCCUCGGUCAGGUACAUCACAGAUAUCCAAGCUAGUCGGGGAGAAGCGAACUUCAUGCCCGGCAACGAAUUCCUAGAAUGGCGCAUCCCAACAUCCUCUCGCGAUGCAGGAAACAUUUCAGGCACCGCGGUCCUGCGAUGCACCGUCGUCGGACCCCCCGACGCUGAGCAUCCAAAAGAAGAACCCGUCGAGGAAGAACACGGAUACGACGGAAAUGCGUCUUCCCGAGCCCGUGUCAACCCUCUCCAGAGCUACUACGAUGAAGAUACUCUAACAUCCGAGCGCCGACAACAGCUUCCAUCGGAACGCAAUAAACCAAAAUCCCGCAAACCGCAGUCUAAUUCUCUCCUUAUGCCCAAUUCCGUGUCUGUCUCCUUUUCCGUGCGUGGAUGGCUCCCUAGUGGGAUUCGUGUUGAUGGCUUAGUUGUUGAUUCGCGACGGAGUCGAGGCUUGGGUGAAGGCGUGAAACCGUACAAAGGAGUGAAAUAUAUCUGCGAAAUGAAAAGCGCAAUAACAGACUUUUCGAUGCCCGCUUGGCGUAUUGCUGAAGACCGUAUGCAACUAUUUGCCUGA